AGUCAGACAUCAUAUCAACAAAAUCAUCUUUCUUUUGCCUUCAGGCUAAGGAAAAUAUUAUAAUCUCCGAAGCUUUGAAGAGUCUUCUAGCACAAUUUCAAAUGAUUUUCAUGUCCCAGAAAUAUGAAGUUCAAUAAAGGUUUGACACGAGAGUUCGUUUGUUUUCUAAUUAUCUAUGGCUUAAACUUUGGUAUGGAUGUCGGUGUGUUUUUUGAUGCAAUCCAAUCUCAUACUCGCUACGAGAAAUUCUUUAAGUCUGACAGCUAUGCAGUAAAUCAAACUCGUAGUAUUUUAAAGUGUUCUACAGGCCCCUGGAUUCGACGUGACGUAGAGAAAAGGAUUGAUCACUUUGAAGCAAUAAUGUACACAUAUUCAUUUUUCAUUUGCGUUGGAGCUCUGUUGAUUAGCGGCUUCCUGUUUGCGUAUAUUUGGAUGCUUUACCAAACAACCGUUGCACCGGAAUUCAUCAUUGAAAAACGUGAACUUUAUGUUGACAUUAAGUUUUGGUUUGGCUUCCUUUGUAGUAUGCUCUACAAUAUACCUGCCUCUUGCCUCUGUGUCGAGCUUUACUCGGAGAGAAGUGGUGAAGCUGGCUUGAUGUGUUUUGAAUGUUCUCAAGAUCCAAACUGCAAUGAUAAAGAAAUUUUGCUAAAGAGACAAGAAAAAUUACUCAUAUUAGUAAUCUUUAACAUGGUUGCAUUUGUUAUAGUGAGCUUAUAUAAAGGAGUGACAACGUUCUACCGCUGGUCUAAAGUUGAUAAUAUGCCCAACCUUAGAUGCUCCGAGAUACGAGCCUGCGCUGCACUUUUUGCUGGAAGUAAUUACGCUAUCAUUAUGCUAACGCCUGCUCUCGGGUUACUUAAGUUCAAGUUUUUUUCUCUUUCCACAAACACAGGCAGUAUUUUUGCUGGCGUUACAGAAAGCUUGUUUUUGAUUGGAGGCCUCGGCUGGGCCGUGUUCUCUGUGAUUGCGUUUUGCUGUCCCCUUCUAAGAUACAUCACCAUGAAGUGAUGACAUUUUAAAAGUGAAACAGUGACAUGCAUGUCUUUUUCAAACAAGUUUUUCAUGUCGAAAUUUGUUCUUCUCAGUUUUUUCUAACUCUAGUAACCUCCUGUGCCCUUCUUAGUGUUAUGCUACUCUUGUAACCUAGUAUAGUUGUACAAAACGAUCUUUAGUGAUAAUGUCAAACAAAAAUAUUACAAUAUUACAGGAAGUUUUAGUAAAUAAUAAAAGUUAGUAAAACUUGUAUCAAGUCUA